ACUUUCUAUGUCAGCAGAUACACUCAGUUUCGUCGGUUUUUAUGUUCAUUCAUUUUUCACUGGUUUUAUGGGACUACAUUUUAUGCUCUCUACACGUGUCUUUUUUUGCAUGGAAACCUCGUUUUACAGGCCUAAUUUUAGUUGGGUCAUGAUCAGAUUUUGUUACUAUUUGAACCAAUCCGUGAUUUUUGCGAGAGAAGCUAAAAGGUGCUGAGCAAUGCAACCUCGGAAUCUUGAGAAGCUGGCAUCGAUUGAUGCACACCUUAGGCUUUUGGUUCCUGCAAAAGUGAGUGAAGAUGACAAAUUGGUGGAGUAUGAUGCUCUGCUUUUGGAUCGGUUCCUUGAUAUUCUUCAAGAUUUGCAUGGAGAGGAUCUCAAGGAAACGGUUCAAGAAUGCUAUGAGCUUUCUGCCGAGUAUGAAGGGAAGCAUGAUUGCCGGAAACUUGAGGAGCUUGGAAAGGUCUUGACCAGUUUGGAUCCUGGGGAUUCAAUUGUUAUUGCCAAGUCUUUCUCACACAUGCUUAACUUGGCUAACUUAGCCGAAGAGGUUCAAAUUGCAUAUAGGCGACGGAACAAGUUAAAAAAGGGAGAUUUUGCUGAUGAGAACUCUGCAAUCACUGAAUCAGACAUUGAAGAAACUCUCAAGAGGCUUGUUGUUGAGCUGAAGAAGUCUCCUGAAGAAGUUUUUGAUGCACUGAAGAAUCAGACUGUAGAUCUUGUCUUGACUGCUCAUCCUACUCAAUCAGUCCGUAGAUCUUUGCUUCAAAAGCACGCAAGGAUACGUAAUUGUUUGGCACAAUUAUAUGCCAAAGACAUUACUCCAGAUGAUAAGCAGGAGCUUGAUGAGGCUUUACAGCGUGAGAUUCAAGCUGCAUUUCGGACAGAUGAGAUUCGAAGGACCCCUCCAACUCCCCAAGACGAGAUGAGGGCAGGAAUGAGUUAUUUCCAUGAGACAAUCUGGAAGGGUGUCCCAAGGUUCUUGCGUCGUGUUGACACGGCUUUGAAGAACAUAGGGAUUGAUGAAAGAGUUCCCUACAAUGCUCCUCUUAUUCAAUUUUCUUCUUGGAUGGGUGGUGAUCGUGAUGGUAAUCCAAGGGUUACUCCUGAGGUCACGAGGGAUGUUUGCUUAUUGGCUAGAAUGAUGGCAGCUAAUCUAUACUAUUCCCAGAUUGAGGAUCUUAUGUUUGAGUUGUCCAUGUGGCGAUGCAGUGAUGAACUUCGCGUUCGUGCAGAUGAACUCCACAGAUCCUCAAAGAGAGAUGCAAAACAUUACAUAGAGUUUUGGAAACAAAUCCCCCCAAGUGAACCCUAUCGUGUGAUUCUUGGUGACUUGAGGGAUAAGCUGUAUCAGACACGUGAGCGAUCUCGUCAAUUACUAUCCCAUGGGAUUUCGGAUAUCCCAGAGGAGGGAACUUUCACUAAUGUUGAGCAGUUCUUGGAACCUCUUGAACUGUGUUAUAGAUCACUCUGCUUUUGUGGUGACCGGCCAAUUGCUGAUGGAAGCCUCCUUGAUUUCUUGAGGCAAGUUUCCACCUUCGGACUUUCACUGGUGAGGCUUGACAUUAGGCAAGAAUCAGACCGUCACACUGAUGUCAUAGAUGCCAUCACCAAGCACUUGGAAAUUGGUUCCUAUCGGGAGUGGUCUGAAGAACGCCGACAAGAGUGGCUUUUAUCUGAACUCAGUGGAAAGCGCCCACUGUUUGGGCCUGAUCUUCCAAAAACUGAGGAAAUUGCUGAUGUGUUGGACACUUUACAUGUAAUAGCAGAACUCCCUGCAGAUAGCUUUGGUGCAUACAUCAUUUCUAUGGCAACUGCACCAUCAGAUGUGCUUGCCGUUGAGCUCCUGCAACGUGAAUGCCAUGUGAAGCAGCCAUUGAGAGUGGUUCCUCUGUUUGAGAAGCUCGCAGAUCUGGAGGCUGCUCCUGCUGCAUUGGCUCGGCUCUUUUCAGUAGAUUGGUACAGAAACCGCGUUAAUGGAAAGCAAGAAGUCAUGAUUGGUUACUCAGAUUCUGGUAAAGAUGCUGGAAGACUCUCUGCGGCCUGGCAGUUAUAUAAGGCUCAAGAGGAGCUUAUAAAGGUGGCUAAACAAUUUGGUGUGAAGCUUACAAUGUUCCAUGGUCGUGGCGGGACUGUUGGAAGAGGAGGUGGUCCCACUCAUCUUGCUAUAUUGUCUCAGCCACCAGAAACAAUUCAUGGAUCACUCCGUGUUACUGUUCAAGGUGAAGUUAUUGAGCAAUCAUUUGGAGAGGAGCACUUGUGCUUUAGAACACUGCAACGUUUCACAGCUGCCACUCUAGAGCAUGGUAUGCAUCCCCCAGUCUUCCCAAAACCUGAAUGGCGUGAGCUGAUGGACGAAAUGGCUGUUGUUGCGACAGAGGAAUACCGCUCUAUUGUCUUCAAAGAACCUCGAUUUGUUGAAUAUUUCCGCCUUGCCACACCAGAGUUGGAGUAUGGUAGGAUGAACAUUGGAAGCCGUCCAUCAAAGCGAAAGCCAAGUGGGGGUAUUGAAUCUCUCCGUGCAAUUCCAUGGAUCUUUGCGUGGACGCAAACUAGAUUCCAUCUUCCAGUAUGGCUAGGCUUUGGAGCAGCAUUUAAACAUGUCAUUCAAAAGGACAUUAAGAAUCUCCAUAUGCUGCAAGAGAUGUAUAAUGAAUGGCCUUUCUUUAGGGUCACCAUUGAUUUGGUUGAAAUGGUGUUUGCCAAGGGGGACCCUGGGAUAGCUGCCUUGAAUGACAAACUCCUUGUUUCUGAGGAGCUGUGGGCAUUUGGUGAGAAGUUAAGGACCAACUAUGAGGAAACCAAGCGCCUUCUACUUCAGAUUGCUGGACACAAGGAUCUUCUUGAAGGAGACCCAUACUUGAAACAAAGACUACGGUUGCGAGAUUCAUACAUCACAACCCUCAAUGUUUGCCAGGCAUAUACGCUGAAACGGAUCAGAGAUCCAAAUUACAAUGUGACUGUGCGGCCACACAUCUCCAAGGAAAUUAUGGAAUCAAGCAAACCAGCUGAUGAACUUGUGAAACUAAACCCUACAAGUGAGUAUGCACCUGGUUUGGAGGACACCCUCAUUUUGACCAUGAAAGGUAUUGCUGCCGGAAUGCAGAACACCGGUUAGAACCUAUGUUGAUCAGCAUUUUCUUUUUCUUUUCAUGGCCUUCUAUAUGUAGGUUUUGCCCAAAACACCGUAAUUAUAUGUUAUUGUUCGUGGAUGCUGUUUAAAUUAUCCACCUUGAGGUUAAAAUUUUGGGCAAACUUUUUCAAGUUGUAUGAUGUCUUUACUGUACUUGAAUAUUUCUUAGGGCUGCCAGUGUUUGCUGGGGCCCCACGUAAGAAGGGAACUUGAAUGGAACUUUGCUUAGAAUGCUUUAAUUUAA